UAUCCGUUGUUUCUGCAGUUUGUUCCGGCUUCCAGUACUAUUCGUGUUGGUUCUUCUGUCUUCAGCAAUGGCAUUACGAAGCCCGGUGUGGGAUUAUUUUAUGAAGAUAAAUCCUGAGACAAUUAAAUGUAACUUGUGCUCGGCAGUGUUGUCGUUUAAAAGUAGUUCAACUUCUUGCUUAAACAGACACUUGCGACAUAAGCAUCCAACAGUUAAUUUAAGUGAAACAUGUUCGAAAUCAGUUUUUAUGAAUCUGGGCAGUGACGAAGCCAGUUCAGUUUCCACAGCAACUGUUCAGGAAUCUGCCAUUUCAGUGCCCGUGCGUCAAGGUGAACAAUCAGUGCAGGAAAUACCCAGCACUUCCACCAGUUCAGUUCUGGGUCUCCUGAUUUCACUUUCUGUGAACAAAGCAACUGAAAAUAUAUUGGCUGAAAACAGUCAGAACUCCUAAUGUGGAAAAAAUUGGUUUACAAUGGUCAGCUUUCUUGCUUGAGUUACCAGAAUUGCUUCUUGGUCAGAAGUAAAUUCGGCAACGACCACACUGCUACUCACCAUAUAGUGGAAAUACUGAGUCACAGACAGGAACAACAAAAAGGCUGUCGGAAAGUGUUCUGCCUAUCUGCAACUCAGCAUCUCUGCUAUUUGCUGUGGAAACAGAUAUCUAGUUGUCAUGGCACUUCUAGUAGCAAGAUUUAUAAGAAAAGUUAUUGUAAAAUUAAUAAAAACUUGCCCCGAAGUGUUUGAUGUAGGAAAGAGUAACACCGAAAGUGAGUAUAGAUACAUCUGUGAUUAUUUAACAAUGUCUUCAGAAGGACAUGGAAUAGCAAGAGGAUAUUAUGGUUUGCCAACAUACCCUGCAUACAUAUCUGGAUUUGAUCCUCUAACUGUGCUUGCUGGACUUGCUUUCCUUGCUUUCCUGUUGCAAACGCUGUAUGCACUGUUGUACAGGACUCCACAGCCUAGUGCCAUAACUCCAGUAGCUGUAUCCCGUUCAGUGUCUCCAGGAAUCUCAGACUUAAUGGAUAGGGUUUUAAGAGCAAUACAAAAGUAUGAUGAAUUAAACAAUCAGCAUGAACAAGACAGUUCUUGGUUUUUACCAUACUUGAAAGCUGUCUCUGGCUUUAUGUCAAAUUUAUGGUUCUCAGCUCAGAACAAAACCUGUUUUGAAAAGUCUUGUAAAUUUCUCAGAUAUUAUAAUGAGAAGAUCAAACAAUAAUACUUACAAUGAGUAUAUUGUAAUAGAUUCUUUGUACUCAGCAGUAAUUAUGUCUGUAAUGGCAAACACAUCAAAAUGGAAUCAAUUGUGUUCUGACUUCUGUGCAAUCACAAGAGAAAACAUGGUAAAUAAAAUGCCAGAAUCCUAGCAACAUAUAAAAAGCAUGAUAUACAGCUAGCAAAAGCCACAUAAAGAAGUUAUUUAUGUGGCUUAAACCAAUGCAAUGUGAAACAAAUUAGCAAAUAA